AUGGCUACCAGUCAGGACGCAAUGAGCAAAACGGCGGACACGGCGCCUGUAAAGACAGGAAAGGCGACUGCUGAUGCGAAGAAGACGACGAUAAGAUAUCCCUUUUGGUUUGGCGGAAGUGCCAGUAGCAUGGCAGCUUGCGUUACACAUCCUUUGGAUCUUGGCAAUGCGCCCAAGAACAUGGUCGGUACAUUCGUCCACAUUCUCCGUCACGAUGGUCCCCUCGGUCUUUACAGCGGCAUAUCCGCCUCUCUCCUGCGCCAGAUGACAUAUUCAACCGUGCGAUUCGGCGUCUACGAAGAGGUCAAGACACGUCUUACACGCCGUAACGAAGGCCGCGAUCCAUCUUUUAUGACACUCGUUGCCCUAGCCGCUGGAUCUGGUUUCGUAGGUGGCAUUGCUGGAAACUUUGCCGAUGUUCUCAACGUGCGCAUGCAACACGAUGCUGCGCUUCCUCCUGCUGAGCGUCGAAACUAUCGUCACGCUUUUGACGGCAUGGUCCGUAUGGCGCGUGAGGAGGGGCCUAAGAGUAUGUUCCGUGGAUGGUUGCCCAACAGUGGCCGUGCCAUGUUCAUGACUGCUGGUCAGCUUGCCAGCUACGACGUUUCAAAGAGUUUGCUUCUCCAGUAUACGCCCAUGGAGGAUAACCUCAAGACUCACUUUACUUCUUCGUUCAUCGCUGGUCUGGUCGCUGCUACUGUAACAAGCCCUAUCGACGUCAUCAAGACUCGUGUUAUGUCUUCAGCCUAUGAUCACAACAUCUUGCACCUGAUUCGCGACAUUCACCGAACUGACGGUCUUAUGUGGAUGUUCAAGGGCUGGGUUCCAAGCUUCCUCCGACUCGGACCACAAACUAUUUGUACAUUUGUCUUCCUAGAGAUGCACCGAAAGGCCUACCGCAAGGUUAAGGGCUUGGAUACUAACCUGUAG